UUGUUGUCCCUGGCUCUCUUUCUCUCUCUUUCCCUCCAGCUCUGUUCCUGUGCUACUGCCCACAACGCAUAGUGCGACGCAGCCAGGUCAGUGCGUAAUGAUGUCAUCAGCUGCGGAGGAGGUUGAAACGGCGGCAGAGGACAGCAACACCCGCAAAUGGACCAAGGAGCAGACGGCAGACCUCAUCCGACUCCGCCGUGACAAUGAGCACCUGUUCACGGGUGCGAAACACUCAGCCGCAGUGGGUUGGAGAGAAAUCAUGGAGAAGAUGGACCUGGCGGGGAAAAUCUCCCCUGUGCAGGCCAAACGCAAAUGGGAGAACCUGAAGAGGAAAUACAAAGUAUCUACAGUGGAGUGCAAGUAUCCAGCGACGGGCGAGGGUGCAAGUGGAAAGCCCACUGCCGCAACAUGGCCCUGGUUUGGUGCCAUGGAUGAGGUGCUAGGACAGAGGCCCUCCACCAGGCCACCUGUCCUAAUCUCCUCCAUCCAGGAGGACACACCAGGGCCCAGUGCAGCAGUGGGCAACCCACUCCCACACCAGGAGGGGCAGGAGGAUGAGGAGCCGCCUGAGGCACGGGUGGCGAAAAGGAGGAGGGACGGGGAGGAUGAGCUCAUUGCCCUAAUAAAAGAGGACAUGGCUCAGCAACGCCAAAUGGAGGAACGGAGAGCCGAGAGGAUGGACAGGCUGAUAGGUGUCCUCGAAAAGCUAGUGGAGCAGAAAAAGGACUGAGUCGUGUCCACAGACAGCCACUGUACAUAGUUGCACUUUAUUUAUGCUGGCACCCCAACCUUUUUUUUUUUGUACAAACAUGAUUAUUUCAGUUGUGUAAAUAAAACAGCCAGAACAUCCCAACUGUGAGUACAUGUCUGUCACAAACUACAUAACACAAUUCCGGGGGGCCUGACCUAUUGCACAUGCCACAUUGUGAAAAUAAAAACAGUGCAACGUAAAACACAACAUGACUGUGGGAAAUGCACUGCCCACUGUGGUCCAGGAUAAACCUGAGUGUCCCAGCAUGCACAUACAUCAUCAACCAGGCCUGACAAUUGCCUGAGCAGGGAGUCUUGGGCAGUGCUGCUUGGUCCGCUGGACCAGGACCAGAGAGAUGAGGGAGGUGCCACAGGUAAGACCCCCGGUUCGCAUAGCCAGGUACUGAGUGGAGCAUCCCACAUAGGCAUCCCCAGAUGUUGCUCAGGCAUGCUCAUUCCCACUGUCCACCGCAUCAUCCUCCACUUGGGUCUGCAGGGCUGGUGAAACUGACAGCUGCCAUGUCACUGGAUUGUAAUCAUGGCGAUGGGAAAACAACAUGGUAACAACAAGCAUGUUAAUACAGAUCUGUCACGUGAAAUCCCAGCACUGUGCAGAUGCACCACUAAGGGAUACUUGACUGCUGACAAUAAUCGUGGUCUGGGGGUACCUCCUCCAGUGCAGACACCUCAGCAGAUAGCUGGUCCCGCCAGUGUGCACCACUGACUGCCUCCACACCAGUCUCCCCCUCAUCUUGGGCAUCAUCCUCGGGCUCCUCAUCUGGGGCCACAAUGUCACCAGCACCGAUGCAGAUGUUGUGCAGCACGGCACAUGCUGUUAUGACCUGCGACGGAUGGUGUGGUGCACCUCCAGCGCUUGCAGGAAGAUGACAUGGAACCUCGUCUUCAUCAUUCCAAAGGCACGCUCUAUGACAGAGCGUGCCCUGGAGUGAUGUGCGUUAAAGUGCUGGGCUCCCGUACCGUGGACUGGCCUCUUGUAGGGGGUGAUGAGGGGGAGUGGAUGUUGGAGACAUGGGUACCCUCCAUCUGCAAGGAUGAAAUGCCUUGGGGGAGGGUAACGGGCCUGUCGGUACAGUGGGCUGUGGCGGAGGACCCUGGAGUCAGGCACUGACCCCGGCCAGCCCACAUGUGUAUCGACAAAGCGGCCCUGAUGGUCACAUACCGCCUGCAGGAUUAUGGACGGGAACAACUUCCUGUUCCUGUAGCACUGACCAUCAGGGCCGCUGGGGGCUUGAUGCGGACAUGGCAGCAGUCAAUUGCACCAGCAGCCUUCACAAAGGCCCUGUGGCCUGCCAGCUGUGCAAACCCAUUGGACAUGGCAUCUAGGUCUUCUGGGGUCCGUGGGAGGUGGAUGACCUGGUGGCGCGUGGCCACCACCUCCUCUGUGACCCUGUGCACGAUGCAGUGGACAGUGGCACGGGGUAUUGCGAACACCCUGGACACAACUCUGUAGGCUGCUCCACUCGCCAGCCAGAAGAGGAACACAAGGGCCUCGAUCAGGGCACCCCACCCAUGUCUCCGUUCCUGGUUCAGUCUAUUCAGCAGCG